AUGUCUAUUGUUCAAGAAUUAAACAAAGCUAAAGUACCUAUAAUUCAAACUGACCCGCCCGUUUAUCAGCUUUCAACAAGGUCUUCAGUUGACACUUGCUUUAGAAUAUUAAAUCAGAAUCCGCUUUGGCCAACAAAUUAUGUUGGAUUUGAUACCGAGACAACAGUCCGAAGAGCCAUCCAUCGCGGCUUGGUAUCACUGAUACAAAUUGCAACACGUGAAUUCUGUCUCAUAUUUCAAGUGUACAGAAUCACUCGAGGUGAUGCUAAAAAGUUUCCCAGAAUCCUAAUGGAUUUCCUGGCGGACUCUCGUGUCCUAAAAGUGGGAGUGAAUGCUCGAGGAGACGCAGAAUGGUUAAAAAGAUCAUACGGCGUUGAAACAAGUGGAAUUGUCGACCUGGAUCAAAUGGCAGGGGAGAAGGGAAUAACCGCCGGUUCUCUCGCAGAGCUGGCACUCAUGUUUGCUGACAGUGGAUUCGUAUUAGACAAAACGAAAGAUUUAUUAAAGUGGAAUUUUGAUGCAGCUCACCUGAACGCAGAGCUCAUAAAGUAUGCUUCGUCUGAUGCAUUUGCUGCAAUACAAAUAUACGAGAAUAUGCUCGUUGGUAAACGAAAUCCUGAAUACAAGUCUUGGGAAGAACGAAAUCCCAUGACGCGAGAAGAAGAAGAGGCUGAAUUAUAUAAUACGAUCAAGAGACAGCAUAAGAAAGGAGUGGUGGUUAAAAUAGAAAAGUUAAUCAACGCUGUAACAUAUGGACGUUGGCAAAAAACAAAACCUGAUCCAUUGGAUCGUAGGCGAGCGACAAUUGCAGCUAUCAACCGUUAUUUAUCCGAUGGCCGGCUUGUUCUUGAAGACUUUGAUGGCUCAGCAGGUUCUGUCGAUUCACUUGACGAAGAGCAACUCAUUAAUCUUUCUGUCAAACUCCCAGGUGUUGCAUUGGACAAGCUGCUAUUAGAGGUUCCCGAUGCAGACGGAUUUUUCAGUAGAAAAGGACUCGACCAUGAAGGUUGCAACUUUAUCAAAAAGUGCUCUCCAUCACUACACAGAUCUUUUCGUAACAAGGCUUUGAUACAGUUAUAUAAAUCUUCUGUGUCUUCUGAAACGAGCGAGCAUCAUAUUAUGGAGAUUAUUAACAAAUUGAAACGAUGUAAGGCACUAAGACCACUUGGUGAUACUGGCUCAUUCGAGUUCAAUUCCGAAUGGUUGGAAGAAUUAGAGCAAAUCAGGUGUGCUCAGGCAAAGACAUGA